GUGCUGUGCAGUUCUGCAGUCGGUACGCUCGUGGUUAGUGAACGGAUGCCACAAGUUACCACCGGUAAUGUCGUGCGCCGUACAAUCGUAUCGGGGAGUGUGGUGAAUUAUCGUGCGCUGUAAAUGUUUGGAUGCUGUUCUGAUGUGCGAUGCCGUCUGAAUGAUUCGAGUUUAUAUUACGUUGCGGUGACUUUGAUUUUAUAAUAAUUUGAGUGGAAUACUGUGGACGAGACUUUAUCGGACUCGAGUGAUAUUAUGCAUUCUGUCGCUGCGCUGUGAACAUGCCAAAGUGUGUUUGGGAUCUGAUGGACCUCGUGCCGAUGAAUUACAAGUGGAUGGAGCGAUUGCGGCGAUGCGGAAAAACCUUGCUGCGGCGCCAGAGACGACUGCUGAGACGGAUCAGGAAGGUGUACCUGCUCAGUUGGCGCUCAGAGGAGCUGAAUAUGGUGGUGACGGCCAAAGUGAGCGGGGCGACACCCCUGGUGAUCGCGUGCAGGAACGGGCACUACGACGUGGCCGAGUAUCUGAUAGAGAGGUGCAAGGCGGACAUCGAGCAGCCGGGAUCAGUGACAUUCGACGGUGAGACGAUAGAGGGCGCUCCGCCGCUUUGGUGCGCGGCCGCCGCGGGGCACCUGCCGCUGGUGAGGCUGCUGGUGCGAGCUGGUGCCAAUGUCAACUCCACCACUCGGACACACAGCACUCCGCUGAGGGCCGCCUGCUUCGAUGGCCACUACGACAUUGUCAAGUUCCUUGUGGAGAACGGCGCCGAUAUUGAAAUAGCGAACCGUCACGGCCAUACCUGCCUCAUGAUCGCCUGCUACAAGGGUCACAUCAGAAUCGCCAAGUAUCUACUAUCGCUGAACGCCGAUGUGAACAGAAAGAGUGUCAAAGGGAACACGGCGCUGCACGACUGUGCUGAAAGCGGUUCUCUACACAUACUGAAAAUGCUACUGGUGCACGGAGCCACAAUGGAUGUUGACUCUUAUGGUAUGACCCCCCUGCUGGCCGCAUCGGUGACGGGCAACACUCACAUCGUGCAGCACCUCAUCAGCGCGCAGAACGGACUGGUGUCGCGGCAGCAGCGGAUUGACGCUCUGGAGCUGCUCGGCGCAACCUACGUGGACAAGCGACGCGACAUGGUCGGAGCACUGGCCUUGUGGAAACGAGCAAUGGAGGACAGAUUCCCGACAGAUGGCGGUGAGCCGAUACCAAAACCAAAAGACAUGCCACGAAUAGAGGCUUACGACUUCGCAGUAGAACCCAGCAACCUGCAGCAACUGGAGGAGUUGCUGGCAGACCCUGACGCAAUGAGAAUGCAAGCCCUAGUCAUUAGAGAGAGAAUAUUAGGGCCGGCGCACCCCGACACGUCGUACUACGUGCGCUACCGCGGCGCCGUGUACGCGGACGCGGGCCGCUUCCCGCGCUGCCGCCAGCUGUGGCACCACGCGCUCGACAUGCAGCGCGCCGUGCUGCCGCCGCUGUCGCCGCUCACUCAGUCCAGCCUCUACAGCUUCGCGGAGCUGUUCUCCUACAUGCUGGCCGAGCGGGCCAGGCCGCCGCUCAGAGGACGAAUUGUACCUCCCGUGACUUUCGAAGACAUAGAACCGGUGUUUAAAAAAGCACUGUCCGAAGUGGAACGGGGCAUGCAGAUAUUGGAUUGCAAAGUGAACGUGGAUAGAGAGGCAACCCUAACGACGCUACAACGAGUGCUGAUUAUUGCUUUGCACCUGGCAGCCCUGAUGGCCAAGCUACUGGAAGAGCCCGAAUGCAAUGACGAUGUUUCUAAGAACAUACACAAAUCAGUCUAUUCACUUGUCAAGUUAGAUAUUAAGGUGCGUCAAGGUCGCUCGGCGCUGCACGUGGCGUGCUCGUCGGAGGUGUGCCGCGCGCGCGCGAGCGGCUCGGGCGCGGGCGCCGGCGCGUGGCUGGGAGCGAGCGGAGCGGGCGCGUGCUGCCCCGCGCUCGUGACGCUCAUGCUGCGGCUGGGAGCGGCCGUGGACGCGCGCGACGCGGACGGGAACACGCCGCUACACCUCGUGUGCAAGUUGAACCCGUGUCCUGCGGAGGUGGUACGGGAGCUCCUAUCUCACGGCGCGCACAUAGACACCGUUAACUACGAGGGCCAAACGCCGCAAGAGAUCCUCAAGUCGACGCAACAAAACCUCGCCGCCAUAGUGAAUCCCUUACAAUACACAACGCUCAAAUGUCUCGCUGCCAGAACAGUGAAGAACUACCGCCUGCCCUACAGACACGUCGUACCACAGUGCUUACACUCUACGAUCAUAACUCAUUAGUCUAUAGUGGCUUAUAUAUGUUGUAUCGCAACCACAACACAGCCCAAAUCCUGUGAUUUUAUGUGUGGAAAGUCUAGACAUUCAUGGAUCAACAAAUUAUGUAUUAUUGCCAAUAUUUUUUUAAAGGCUGUGCCACGGAUUGUGUGCUAAAGCUCAUUUUGACACGACAUAAGAUGACAUUGACAUUUCCACAGAUAUGUAUAUCCAUAGGUAUAUACGAUCGUCAUGUGUGAGAUAGAAUAAGUAUUUAGUCUGUGUUUUGAAGUGGACAUGCGUAACCAAACACAAACUUAUGAUUAUUUUUUUUUUCUAUUUUAGACGUAGUUUUAUUUUUAUCUAUGUAUGUUUUUGCAUUUUAACUAGUGCCAGUGUUGCCAUGGUUAUGCUAAAAUGUAAGCACUUGUAUAAAAGAAUUUGUACGUGCCGCCGACAUUGAAAUUUUCUUUAAUAUAUCUGAUUUGUAAGUAAGAGAUCAUAGCCUGAUACUUAAAUAUUUAAAUUGAUUUUAAAAAUGUUUCAUAUUUUAUUAUUUUGUGUAAAAUCAUCUAAUCUAUUGUAUAUUCUGAUUGAUUUUGUUUUCUACAAUUCUUUGUCUCAUAAUUGUUAUUUGAUACUUUUUGCUUUAGCAAUGUCUGAUAUGACCUGACGGUAAGUUACUUUAUCGAUGCAUUACUAGUCCUCAUUUUUCUUAAGUAACUUUAAUGUUGUCGUAUUAAAAAUAGUUAAAUAAAUUCUAAUGCCAUUUUGAUGUUGUUUCGCUGUACAGAGAUUAUUAUUUCACCUUUCACAAUAACUUUCAAAACAUUUCAAUCAAUAUAAUCAUGAUUUUUAUUUCAUAUUUUAUAUACAAUCAGCUGUUAUAAUAUAUAACAGAUACUAGACGAAUAUAAAUGAUAAAUAAAAUAUGAAAGUUAUAUUUUUUCUGUCCAGUGUGAUUGGUGAAAUAAAUUACUUAUUGAAAUAUUAAGCUUCUUUUGAAUGUGUUAAAUCGAUAUAGCUUAUUUAUAAAUUACUACAUCAAUAUUUGACAAUGUCACGCCUCACAAGGCACUAAAGUUAAAAUUACUGUACUGUUUAUGGCAAUAGUUGGCAGGAAAAAAAAUCAACUGAUGUCCACUGGUCUGUGUAUCAUUGAGUCACGUUUUAGAAAAAUAUAGACAAUCUUCUUGAGUAAGAUUCAACUCAUGCUUAAGACAAUUCCUAGUGUAGGAUGUUAUCAAACUCAUCAUCAUAUAAAUUUUCCCCCUUAUUCAUAAUAGUCUGCUAACUUAAAGCAUUCCUAAUUCUCGCUCUGUCUUCUUCUAUUGACCUAAGUCAGAAUGAGAAAAAACACUCCUUAGCGGCUGUUUUAAGUUAGCAGACCAUUAUGAAUAAGGGGGUUUAAGUUUACGGAUCUUGUAGAUUAUGAUAUUACCAACAUUACUUUACAUCUCUGUCUUAUCACUGCAUGUAGGGGUACUUAUUUCUUCUUCCUGUGCAUAUUAAAUAUGGCUUUUAAUAUCAUAGCUUAUCUUCUCCUCUUCUUACUACCUUCUCCUUCAAAUUUAUUCAUUAUUUUGUGCUUCUAAGAAAAAAAAAUUGCAUUUAGAUAAUUAACUAAUUAUCAUUGAGAGUUGAACAAACAUGCCAAGAUUUAUGAACGAUACGUCACUCGAAAGGUUGGCUCAGUGGAAGAGCACUUGGACGGAACACGAGAGGUGGUGGGUUCUAAUCCCGCAUCGUUCAUAAAUUUUGGUUACUAAUUUUGUUUGUGUAAUUAAUCCCAGAAGUGAAGGUUAUCACUUUAAAAUAAUUAUCAGUUUACGUUUUACAGUUUUUAAAUUUCCUCUGCGAUAUGAUAAGCCUAUGAGGUGCAAUUUUGCAUGUUUAGUUUUUUUUUUUUUAAUAAAUCUGCUGAUUUUGUCUACUAUUAUUUCUCCUUUCUAGUAGAAAAGUUGUUUUUUUUUAUUGCUAAAACAAAAACAUCCGAACCGCGCCGUGUUUCACACCAAACCGAUUUAAUUAAUUCAGAAUGUUUCUUAUUUCAAUUUGUAGUACGCGAAAUGUUAGCUAUGUAAGUAGGUAGAUUAUUAGGAAUUUAGUCGUGAUGAAAUUGUAUAGUUUACAGAGUGAUAAAUAAAAUUUAGUACUGAAUUGAACGGUGACAUAGAUUUAUUGUGAAGUUCCGACACACUACUCGCCCGUAUUAUAUCGUGUAUAGUUAUAGUGAUUGUAACUACGUGAGUACGUACUAGUUCAUAACGAAAUUAAUAAAAUGCUUUAAAAUGUU